CUGUCUGAUUGGGUGGAGGAGAGGCCUUUGCAAGAGGCUUGCCAUUUAUCUUAAAAUAGAUACAACGCAGCAGCCGGAGGUUCCUUAAAGGGGCUGUGUCUCUUGGGUUUUGUGACAGCUUCCCCACAGGUGAUGACAUCUGUCAAAACUGUAGAAGCUACUGGAAAGGAUCUCCUGCUGGUGAGCAAUGUCUCGCCGUGAAAAUUUCCUCUUGUGAAUGAGACACGCUUCUUGCAGAAGUCUACCCCGGUCGCCCGCUUGCAUUCAUCACUAAGCUUAGCUGAGGGCUGGCGUGUGCUUUCAGGCUCUUGAAUAUUUCAUGUGAUUCUCUAAUUGACUGUGGAGCCUUUCCUACAGAUACUUCUCUAACCUGCUGGAUCAGUUUUGCCGGACAUUCGACACUAGGAACGUCAGGCCCUCCUGGGCUGUUAGUCGAUUUCUAUCUGACGUUUUGUCAUCAGAACUUCGUCUCGGUUAUUUCUACUCAUCGGUUGCCUGCGAACCUGAAGCCUGCCUUGUAACUUGUUCCGACAGCAAUGUUCCUUCUGAGAUGGAGACUACGGAGCAACCUGAGAGUUCUGCCACGCAUGUUUGCGUCCCCUGCUGUGAAAAAGCAUGUCCCACGCCGUCACUUUGGGGAACACAAGUCUGGCACAUCUGAUGGGAUAUCCCAAGCCAACAAAGAGGCAACUGCAAGCAGCACUGUGCUACAUCACCUGACUAACCAUCUGUUCUACACAAUAUCUGAGGGACAGGAAGUGCUUCCAGUCAACAAGUUUAUUAAUACCCUGAAUGAAAAUGGACUGCUUGCAACGGACCCCAGGCUGAAGGACUGUAUGGACAUGCUGCAUCACACAGUACAGGAAUCAAUGAUGGGAGCGUCAAUGAACCUAGAAAUCUUUCAAAGGUGUGUUCAGAGUAACAUUGUUCUCCUGACCCAGGUUAUGUGUAAGAAGCUUGUUAUUCCAGACUUUGAGAAGUUCACACUACAGAUUAAACGGCUGUAUGAGACCACCCGCGGCAUAAAGGAAGGGGAGGUGGCAAACUAUAUUCCACAACUUGCCAAAAUGAGCCCUGACCACUGGGGAGUGUCUCUCUGCACAGUGGAUGGACAGAGGUACUCACUAGGAGACACAGAUGUCCCCUUAUGCUUGCAAUCAUGUGUGAAGCCACUGAAGUAUGCCAUCGCUGUGAAUGACCUGGGAACAGAUUAUGUCCAUCAGUUUGUGGGCAAGGAGCCUAGUGGCCUUCGCUUUAACAAACUCUCACUGAACCACCAAGAAAAGCCACACAACCCCAUGGUGAAUGCAGGAGCGAUUGUCAGUUGUUCAUUGAUUAAACAAGAGGCUAACAAGGCAGAGAAGUUUGAUUAUGUCAUGCAGUUUUUGAAAAGGAUGUCAGGAAACGAAUUCAUUGGCUUCAGCAAUGCAACCUUUCAAUCAGAAAAGGAGACUGGUGACCGGAACUAUGCGAUUGGAUAUUACCUCAAAGAGAAAAAGUGUUUUCCAGCAGGAACUGACAUGGCAUCUGCUCUGGAUCUUUACUUCCAGUUGUGCUCCAUUGAGGUGACAUGUCAGUCGGGGAGUGUGAUAGCUGCCACUCUGGCUAAUGGUGGCAUCUGUCCCAUCACAGGAGAGCGGGUCCUGAGCGCCGAAGCAGUAAGAAACACUCUGAGUCUAAUGCAUUCUUGUGGAAUGUAUGACUUCUCUGGACAAUUCGCCUUUCAUGUUGGCCUCCCUGGUAAGUCCGGUGUGUCUGGAGCCAUAUUAUUGAUCGUUCCUAACAUUAUGGGAGUUUUCUGUUGGUCCCCUCCUCUUGACAGAAUUGGCAACAGUGUACGAGGAAUUCACUUCUGCCAUGAACUGGUCUCACUCUUCAAUUUCCAUCAUUAUGACAACUUGCGUCAUUGUGUAAAGAAGCUGGAUCCCCGUAAAGAGAUAAGAGAAACGCAGCACAAGACCGUGGUGAACCUUCUAUUCGCAGCUUAUAGCGGUGAUGUCUCUGCUCUGAGAAGAUUUGCACUUUCUGGAAUGAACAUGGAGCAAAAAGAUUAUGACUCCAGGACAGCUCUACAUAUUGCAGCGGCAGAAGGACAUCUAGAUGUGGUCAAAUUCCUGAUAGAAGGCUGUAAAGUUAACCCAUUUGGAGAGGACAGGUGGGGAAAUGUCCCCCUACAAGAUGCUAUAAGUUUUGAGAGACAUGAUAUAGUGAAAUUACUGAGUGAAUACCAAGAAACCUAUGUAAAGAGACAGAUGGGGGCGGAAAGUUCAGAGGAUCCAAUAUCUUUGGAGAAUUUGGAGAGCAUGGUGUAGCUGAUCUUCACCACAGGGCUUCAGCACAUUUGGUUACACAACCAGCGAAAUCUGCACUAACCUUUUACCCAAGGAUCAGCAAAAUCUACUCCAUAUCAUCGCGCGGUAGUGGAGUGCUAUGAUACAAAGUAUGAAUCCCUCUCCAGGCAAACUCCACAAGGCAUCCCUCGCCCAUUAUUGAUGUCGCGGAGGGAGGAUACAAAUUUAUGCAAUUUAGGCAAUGCUCUGUGAGCUAUGUAUUCUCGGGCUGAUUACAUGAUUUUACCUAAAGUGAUACACUGUAGCAAACCCUCAGGACAAGGAGAGACAUUUAUGUUGCUGACAUGUUGUGAUCUUAAAACUACAUCACAGUGGCAUACGUUUUUACUACAUAUUGAUCUAAGGAAAUCCAUCACGGUGAUAGACCCAUUUAAUUUAAUUUAGACAGCUGUAUGCCUCAUGCAUAUGACCAUAACUGUGGAUCCGCAAAAUACAGAUACCAUCCAUGUGCCAUCAGCAUUUAUUUUAUUUUUUUGCAGACCCUUUGACUUCAAUGGGUCCAUGUACUGCAUUUUGCGGACCAGAAUAGGAGAUGUUCUGUAACUUGAAAGACGGGCAUACGGAUGUGGACAGAACACAGGUCUCAUCCGUCCUCUGUCCACAUCUGUAUGUCCAUUCUGCAAAUUAUAGAACGUGUCCUAUUGUGGUCCACGGACCGUUGAAGUCAAAGGGUCUGCAGAAACAGAAAAUUACACACGGAUGCUAUCAGUAUUUUGCAGGUCCACAGUUUGCAGAUUGCAAAACUGAUAUGGUGGUGUGCAAGAGGCCUUACAUGCAUAUCGCCAAGCCUAUUAGGGACCACAUGGGGGCUUGCACAACUCUGUUCCAAGAUGCCAAUCAAAAUGGAGAACUGUUUGCACAUUGCUGUUUUGUGGCACCCAUGGUGGUUUGGCGCUCCUGUAUAGCGGCAUUGGCUGGCUUGUUCGUUCCCGAUCAUUGCCUGCCCAUCAGAGGAGGGGAGAGCUGCAUUUGUACAAGUAACUAGCAUCUCCUCUGUAUGGGGAUGAGGGAUCACUACUGCAACUGCUCGUCCCCAUAGAGAAUCAUUGUUUCUGAGCAGCAGAUCACCCUUUACACAGCACAAUCUGCUGCUCAGAGAUGAUGAUUUCUGGUGUCUGCGGCACUGAUGCUUUCACCUGAUAACCGAGCAUUUGAUCAUUCAGCGGCAGUUAUCGUAGGAUGGACUACCAUAAUUGCCCCAAUUGUUAGCCUGGAUAAAUGGGCCCUAAAUCAAAGGAGUCUCUUACUUUCACACUAGCGUUAAUAUUUUCCGGUACUGAGAUCCGUCAUAGGGUCUCAAUACCAGAAAAAAAUGCUUCUGUUUUGUCCCCAUUCAUUGUCAAUGGGGACAAAACAUAACGGAACGGAAUGCUCAAAAAUGCAUUACGUUACGUUCACAUACCGGACAGCACAUCGCAGCAUGAUGUGGUUUGCUUUCCAUCCUGGGAUGCGGAGCAAAACGAAAGAUCAAUUUCGAUUGUGUCAGAGAAAACGGAUCCG